AAAAAAUCACUUUGGUAAGAGAAGUUACCAUCAUCAUCUUCUUCUUCUUCUUCAACAUUUGCAACACUAUAAUAUGGAAACAGAUUCACUAUUGCCUAAGCCAACAUACGGUGGCAUAAAGAGGUACUUUAGAAGACGGCGCUACCAACGCCUCGACAGCGGUGGCGCCGCCACCUUCGCCGGUGAAAGGAAGACGAAGACGAUUAGGUUAAGAAGAAGCCCACACCGGCAAUGGAGGAUUAAGGCAGUUCCAAAACUGACAUGGAUGGUUAGGUCACCUUUGAAGAUGUUUGCAAAGCUCAAAAAUGCUUACAUGAACUUCAUGUUGAAAUCUAUGAACACCGACAACAUGUUUGGAAACAAAAAGACUCUCAAGAUUGAUCGUCAAACGUCUAAGGUUUACAAGAAUGAUGCGUUCGAGGCUAGGCUCAUUUUCGAGAUUUCCAAGGCCUUGGUUGCGUCUCAUGAAUUAUAUCCCAUGAAAUAAUCGUUUAUUUUCUUUGUUUAGUUUUUUCGAUUUUUUCUUCCUAAAUUUCUUGUGUGAUUACAAAAAAUGUUAAAGAAUCACCAAAAAUCUGUAUUUAAUUCUUGUUAUUUUGACUCUCCGUCG